CACAGCUGGAAUAUUCUAGAUGACCCGUUGGGUUCUGAGCCUUUGUGAGGUCACUCGUAAGAUGGGAGCGAUGAGGGAAGUGAACACAACGUGCUACAACUGGAAAUAAUGAGACUUUUUAAAAAUGUCACCGCCAUACAGAGAGAGAGAGGAUUUCCAGGUUCAUGAGAAUGACACGCUGUCCGGUAAAUCCUGUAAAUACCUGGUGCAGAAUGUGAUGGGAGAGGGGAGCUUCGGGAAAGUGGCCUGCUGUGUGAAGUUAGACACAAUGGAGAACGUGGCGGUCAAGAUUGUAAAAAAACACUUGACCAGGGCUGGUAAAAAAGAGGCAUCUGCUUUUAAACACAUCUGUAUCCUCGACCUGAACAAGAGCAACUUGGUGACAUUUUUGGAAUCCUUUAUGCACAAGGGCCACAUGUGUCUAGUUCUGGAAAUACUGGACACAACUCUGCAUAACUUGAUGAGCGAACGGGGCCGAAGGCCGCUGUGUUUGUCCGAGAUCAGAGUGAUCUCCCAGCAGAUGCUGGUGGCUCUCGGUGCCCUCGGGAGCAUCGGCCUGAUGCACGCGGACAUCAAGCCGGACAAUGUGAUGCUGGUUAACCACCAGCUGCAGCCCUUCAGGGUCAAACUGAUUGACUUCGGUUCUUCCACUCCAGUGUCCAGAGUUAAGUGUGGCACCACCAUUCAGACCCUCGGCUACAGGGCCCCCGAGGUCAUCCUGGGCCUCCCGUUGGACGAGGCUGUAGACAUGUGGUCUCUGGGCUGCGUUUUGGCCUUCCUGUACCUGAGCAAGCACCUGUACCCAAUCAGGUGUGAAUAUGACGUCAUGAGAGUCAUCGUGCAGAUGCAGGGUCAGCCCGGCGAUCGCCUGCUCGAUGCCGGCGUCCAUACCAAGAUUUUUUUUAACAAGAACAAAGACUCCACAAAGCAGGCAUGGAGGCUGAAUACGGGAAGCGAAUACGUGCUUGCAACAGGCGAGAAGACCCGACAAAGCAGGACCAGUUUCAACAAGUACACCUGUAUGGGUGACAUGACAAAGGACCACGAGAAGCCGAAAACAGACGGCGAGCACGAGGACACGCGGGCUUUUUUCAGCCUCCUCAAAUGGAUGCUGCGUUUGGACCCGGCCACCAGGAUCGGCCCCGCUAAAGCUCUGAGGCACCGCUUCAUCACGAUGACACACUUUCCCAGAGACGCUGACCCAGACCCUUAUGUGGUGUCAUCCCGCGUGAACAUGACAGUGCUGCCCCCACGGGACUCCCCAGUUGAAAUCUACGGCUGUGUAGGCCCAUGCUCCAGCGAAGGUUCACACCAUGGAGCAGCCAGCUCCAGCUCACGGGCCUCGGCAGCCUCAGCUGACGGAACCACCACUGGUAAGAACGCUGGCCCCGUCCCCGCUCGUCCUAAUGAGGCCUGUGGCAGCGACGAAUGCACCACAUGCUUCGUCACGGUCCGAAGUCGGAGGACAGCGAUGCUGCAGAGGAACAGGGGAUUCUUCCUCAUGAUGGCCACGUGUUGCUGCUCUGUGGAUGUGAAAGAGUGACGUCGGGAAUGAAUCCCCAGCAAUGUGUGGCCUUCCAGCAAGAAAGUCCUAACACUCCC